GCACCGUUCAUUCGGUUCCGCGCGCCUUCGUGUCGUGCCGAAACGUACAGAUCGCAUCUUUUCACUUAUCUCCGGUGAACUUUGCGUUAUCCGUGACGAAAAAUCGAAGGAGAUAGGCGAGUGCGAAACGCGUUAGUUAGAGAGUGACGCGUACGAGAACGAGUCGCCGAGCGCGAAGUCGUUUUUCCUCGAUACUCCUUCAAGAAGCAGCCCGACUCGCCGAGCAGAAUGGAGGAGAGGAUGGAAGCCACGGGGAUGAUUAACGGUGCUCCCGUGCGCCAGGAAGGCAGGAAGCUAUGGCAGUAUUUAGCAUCCAUUUCCGCCUGCCUAAUGGCGGUCGGCGUCGGCACCGCCCUGGCUUGGACGUCUCCCGUUCUGCCCCAGCUAUACGAGAAGAGUUCCUGGCUGGUUAUCACUAAGGAACAAGGGUCCUGGAUCGGCUCGUUGCUGGCCCUGGGCGCGAUAGCGGGCGCCGUUCCGUCCGGACCGAUGGCCGACAAACUCGGCCGGAAGAAAACGCUUCUACUGCUGGCAGCCCCGUUUCUUCUGUCCUGGGUGAUCAUCAUAUUCGCCUCCAAACUAUGGCUGAUCUACGUGGCCAGGUUCAUAGUCGGCGCCGCCGUGGGGGCGGCCUGCGUCGUCGUACCGACUUACAUCUCCGAAAUUGCAGAAACGUCGACCCGAGGCUCCCUCGGCGCCAUGUUCCAGCUGAACAUCACGGUUGGGAUCCUGCUGGCCUUCGUACUCGGGGCCGUGAUGAACUACACGGCGUUCGCUAUAGUCUGCGCCCUCAUAGAGGUCGGCUUCUUGGCUUCUUUUAUAUGGAUGCCGGAGUCGCCUAUUUGGCUGGUGAAUCAAGGAUUGAAACCGGAAGCCACGAUAGCGAUGACAGUCCUCCGAGGAGAUGCUUACGAUCCGUCCGAGGAACUCGCGGAGGCGCAACGAGAAGCCGAGCAGGCAGCCUCGAGGAAGUCGAGCAUAUUCGACCUUGUACGAACCACGGCAUCCAGAAAGGCUUUGCUCGCUUCGUUGGGCGGCAUGUUGUUCCAGCAAUUAUCCGGCAUAAACGCGGUGAUCUUCUAUACCGUCACCAUCUUCCAGGCAUCCGGAAGCUCGAUGAAGGCGGAGGUUUCCUCUAUAAUCGUGGCGAUCGUUCAGAUGGUUAUGACGGGCGUAGCAGCUCUGAUCGUGGAUCGCGCCGGAAGGAAGCCACUGCUAAUAUUUUCGUCGAGUGUCAUGCUAGUCAGUCUCGUGGCCCUCGGUACGUACUUCAAUAUUAAGGCGAGCGGAAGUGACGUCAGUAAACUCGGCUGGCUACCGCUCACAUCUCUGACGUUAUUCAUGAUCUCCUUCUCCAUCGGAAUGGGCCCGAUACCGUGGAUGCUGAUGGGCGAAUUGUUUCCCGCGGAGACCAAGGCGGUCGCUUCCGGUAUCGCCGUGAUGCUAAACUGGUUCCUGGUGUUCUUGGUGACGAAGACCUUCCCGGCGAUGAACGAAGGGUGGGGCGCGGACGUCACCUUCUGGAUCUUCGCCGCGAUCAUGGCGGUCGGCACUGCAUUUAAUUACUUUUUCAUACCGGAAACUAAGGGAAAAACCUCCCAAGAGAUUCAAGAGGAGUUGCAAGGCAACAAGAGGACAAACACCUAAAUUGUAUUGACGAACUUUCGCUUUGUAGCGUGACUGCUGUUUUGAUAACGAUAUUUACUAGAGUAUAAAUAAUUAAAUCGUUGCUUAAUGUCGAGCUAAGCUGCAAAAAGAUCUUGGUGCAACAAAGCAGACAAACGGGCAAACAACAAAAAGAUUUUAACGGCGAUGCAUCAAGAAGUGAAUUGCUGAGAAAGUUGCUGAGAAUAAAGUUAAAUCUCAUGCAUGAUUCAUUUCUCGUACUCUCGUCCGUAAAUUACUUCAUUGGACAUAUCAUUGUUGUCCUCUAUAAAUUAUUAAUACAUAAUUUUUAUUCAUGCAAGUUUAUCGAUGACCACGCGAUGCAUAAAAAUUUCAUCAGUUGGAUAUUUGUUAAAUAUUAUUUCAUAAUGUGCAUUAUAUAUCAUAUAAAAAAAAUAAUAUUUUACGAAACUGCCUCUUAGUUAACUUUAAGACUAAGUGAUUCAUAAUCUUAAACAUUAUUACAUCAUUUUACUUUAGGACUUCAUUUCGCAAUUAAUAAUUAAAUGUGUGAUAUAUGUCGCCUCUGUUGUAUUCCAGUUACGCAUGAAGAAAUAUGUGGAUUUAGUCAAGCGAUCUUUUCAUCGUAGCACAAAAAUAAGAUUAAUUAUGACAAUAGAUGAUUAUAUUGUUGCUGAGACACCCGUUGCAAACUGAACUUGGCUCACGAGUAGCUUCAAGCCGAAGCGCGUGUCUUGACAACGGGCUGAACGGACUGUAAUAUUAUUUUAUUUAAAACAUCUCCUUGGAGAUUCGUUCUGGAGCUUCCGAACCGUUCGGACCUGUUCUCCAAUC